AUGUCAGAGGUGCCGACCGACUCCGUCGCAGCUCGCACCGUCCCUACACUCGAGGAGCUUUCCGAGGCGCUCAAGGUUGAGGUAUACGACAAUGUUGGAGCCAAAACUCCUCUUGGCAACCUGACACAGGGUAAAAGAAGCGUUUUGAUCUUUACCAGGCAUUUCUGGUGUUUGAAUUGCCAAGCCUACGUGCGUGUCAUCAGCGAAUCCAUCCCACCUUCCAAGCUUCCUUCGAACACGCAGCUCAUCAUCAUCGGCAACGGCUCAUACCAGCCAAUCGAUACGUAUGCCAACACCACGGCUUCCGCAUAUCCCAUCUACACAGACCCAACAUGCCGACUCCACAAGAUCUUGAAAUUCAAAUCAGGCUUAAAAGAGCAAGGAUCUGAUGAGAAGAAAAAAGACUACAUGCAGAACGCAGGGACAGCGAUGAGUAGAAUCUUCGGUGGCAUCAAGGGCGCUCUUGGCAAUCUUCAGCAUACCGCCUAUAUUGGACCAAAAGCCUUGAAUGGUGGCGAGGUGAUCAUCUCAGCUGAUGGUCAAUGCGAGUACAUGUACCGAAUGCAGAAUACGGUCGACCACACCAAUGUCGCCGAGCUGGCCAAGAUCGUUGGCGUCGGAUCCGCUUCGAAUGACCAGGAGCAGGGUAGCAAGUGA